GGGCAGGGAUGACCGGCAGCGCUGGGAUUACCGGGAGGGGAGGGGCUGACCAGAGCCCCCCGCGCUGAUGGGGAGGGGGUAGGGCCCAGGGUUGAGCGCGCCUUGUAUGGUAAUUAGGGGGCGGGGCAUCACGGGGCCCUCCCCCACCUUUGAUUUUGCAGCUCCCAGUGAUUCCCAAUUCAUUCCAUUUUUCUCGCAGUUAUUCCCUGGACUCUUCCCAGUUUGUUACAGAACUGUCCAGUGACCUUCUCAGUCGCUCCCAGUACAUCAUCGAUUCAUUCAGAUCCUUUCCAGUUAAACGCAGAACCUUCCAGUGACCACCUCCAGUGGCCCUUCCCAGUCCCUCCCAGUCUGACCAGUCACCGCCCCCACAGGUGCUGGUGCCAUGGAGUAUGAGCGCAGGGGCGGCCGCGGGGACCGCACGGGGCGUUACGGGGGGGCCCCGGCGCCCCCCGAGGACGGAUCCCGCACCCAGCGGGACCACGACUAUCGCGACAUGGACUAUCGGGGCUACGGGGGACCCCCAGAUGGGCCCCCCGCGCCCGGGACCCCCCCACAGGCAUCCUACGAGGCUGCGGAGCCCCCCCGGAAACGGGACCCUCCCCGGGACCCCCCCGUGGCUCCAGCGCUGCCGUUCGGUGCCGACAGCGACUACCGGGACCAGGAUUACCGGGAGGGCCCCGAGGAGGAGCCGCGCGCCAGCACCAUCGUCAUGCUCAGGAUGCUGCCCCAGGCGGCCACCGAGAACGAUAUCCGGGCACAGCUCCAGGCCCAGGGGGUGCAGCCCCGCGAGGUGCGGCUGAUGCGCAACAAGUCCUCAGGUCAGAGCCGCGGCUUCGCCUUCGUCGAGUUCCACCACGUGCAGGAGGCGGCGAGAUGGAUGGAGGCCAACCAG